CAAAUACCUUCAAACACAAACUUCUCUUCUCACAAAAGAUUUGGCCUUAUAAUGGCUUUUCGAGUUUAUAUUUUAACGUUUGCAUUCUUAUGCAUUUUCGUGGCAUCGACCGUCUCCGGGUACAACUCAAAAGACGUGAAAGCAUGGUGUAGCCAAACUCCAAACCCUAAACCAUGCGAAUAUUUCUUAACCCACAACUCAGGCCAAAAUCCCAUAAAAUCCGAGUCCGAGUUUCUCAAAAUCUCAAUGAAACUAGCUCUAGAGCGAGCCGUCCUCGCCAAGACCCAUGCGUCCACACUAGGACCAAAGUGCCGGGACACACGUGAAAAAGCUGCUUGGGAAGACUGUCUCAAGCUCUACGACUUCACCGUCUCUAAAAUCAACGAGACCAUGGACCCAAACGUGAAGUGCUCGAAAACCGACGCUCAAACAUGGCUCAGCACGGCUCUAACCAAUCUCGACACCUGCCGAGCAGGGUUCUUAGAACUCGGUGUUACCGAUAUCGUCCUUCCUUUGAUGUCAAACAACGUCUCAAGUCUUAUAUGCAAUACACUCGCCAUUAACAAAGUUCCUUUCAACUACACCCCACCCGAGAAAGAUGGGUUCCCUUCGUGGGUCAGACCCGGUGACCGGAAGCUUUUGCAGAGCUCGACACCAAGAGAUAAUGCGGUUGUGGCUAAAGACGGGUCUGGUAAUUUCAGGACGAUUAAAGACGCGAUCAACGCUGCUUCGGGGAGUGGUAGGUUCGUUAUAUAUGUGAAGCAAGGCGUUUACAGUGAGAAUCUUGAGAUUCGAAAAAAGAAUGUUAUGUUGAGAGGUGAUGGUAAAGGGAGAACGAUUAUUACUGGAAGUAGAAGUGUCGGUGGAGGAACGACCACGUUUAAUUCAGCUACUGUCGCGGCGGUCGGAGACGGGUUCAUAGCCCGUGGAAUAACGUUUAGAAACACGGCGGGUGCAAAUAAUGCGCAAGCAGUAGCUCUAAGAUCCGGGUCGGAUCUAUCCGUUUUCUAUCAAUGCAGCUUUGAAGGUUACCAAGACACACUCUACGUUCACUCCAACCGCCAAUUUUACCGUGACUGUGACAUUUAUGGAACCGUUGACUUCAUCUUUGGAAACGCAGCCGCUGUUCUCCAAAACUGCAACAUCUUUGCACGUCGUCCACGUAGUAGCACUAAUACAAUCACUGCCCAAGGAAGAUCCGACCCGAAUCAAAACACAGGUAUUAUCAUCCAUAACUCACGGGUCACGGCAGCUUCGGAUCUCCGACCCGUUUUGGGAUCCACCAAAACUUAUCUAGGUCGACCAUGGAGACAAUACUCAAGGACGGUAUUUAUGAAAACUUCUCUCGAUAGUCUGAUCGAUCCACGUGGAUGGCUUGAAUGGAAUGGUAACUUUGCCUUGAGAACUUUGUUUUACGCUGAGUUUCAGAAUACGGGUCCGGGUGCUUCGACUUCACGUCGGGUCACAUGGCCUGGUUUUCGAGUCCUUGGUUCUGCCUCAGAGGCUUCAAGGUUCACUGUUGGUAGUUUUAUUGCUGGUAGCUCUUGGAUCCCAUCAACAAACCUCCGCCUCUCUGUUAGCACCGAGACGAUGACGACGAAGAAGAAGAGCGAAGCAGCUAACGAAGAUCAAACGAGAGAAAACAAGAGAAAAAGCGUCUCUUCUUCUGCUGUAAAGUCUCAGAAAGAGAAGCCAGUAGUAGUAGCAACAAAGGAAGCGAAAAGCUCGAAAGAGGAAGAAGACCUGCUCUUAGAUUCCGGAACCGAUUCCGAUUACGACGGAGAUAGCUUGUCAGGUUCUUUGAACUCCGACGACUUCGACUCCGAUUUCUUCGAUUCCGAGGACGAUGCUUCACAGAGAGAGACGGAUGGUGGAGACGGAGAUUCAUCCGAAGACGACGAGCUCCAUGGUCACGAGGGCUCAGAUGAUGAUGAAGGUGAACAAGUAGAUAGUGAGAAUGAUGAGGAAGAUGGGAGUGAUGAAGGUUCUGAGGAACGUGAAGUCGCUGAAGAGAGCGAUUCUUCUGAAGAUGAGGUUGCUCCGAGGAAUACAGUUGGGGAUGUUCCAUUGGAGUGGUACAAAGACGAGAAACAUAUUGGUUAUGACAUCACUGGGAAGAAGAUUACCAAGAAAGAGAAGCAAGACAAGCUCGACUCUUUUCUUGCAACUAUGGAUGACUCCAAGAACUGGCGGAAGAUUUACGAUGAGUAUAAUGACGAGGAUGUGGAGCUGACUAAAGAGGAGAGCAAGCUCAUUCGUAGAAUGCUCAAAGGAGAAGCUCCACAUGCUGACUUUGAUCCCUAUGCGCCUUAUGUCGAUUGGUUCAAAUGGGACGAUGCAAUACAUCCACUCUCAAGUGCACCAGAACCCAAGCGGAGGUUCAUCCCUUCGAAAUGGGAAGCCAAGAAGGUUGUGAAGUAUGUUAGAGCAAUAAGGAAGGGGUUGAUCAAGUUUGAUAAGCCUGAAGAAGAGCCCAAUGUCUACCUUUUAUGGGGUGAUGAUUCAACUUCAGACCAAAAGAGCAAGCACUUGACUUACAUUCCUCCACCAAAACUAAAAAUGCCGGGACACGAGGAAUCAUACAAUCCUUCUUUGGAGUACAUUCCAACAGAGGAAGAGAAAGCCUCUUAUGAGUUGAUGUAUGAGGAAGAUCGUCCAAAAUUCAUUCCUAAAAGGUUUACAUCUCUGAGAAGCAUUCCAGCAUAUGAGAAUGCACUAAAGGAGUCGUUUGAUCGUUGUUUGGAUCUAUACCUAUGUCCAAGAGUUCGAAAGAAGAGAAUAAACAUCGAUCCUGAAUCUUUGAAGCCUAAACUACCUAGUAGGAAGGAUCUUAGACCUUAUCCAAACUCAUGUUACCUUGAAUAUAAAGGCCAUACCGGAGCUGUUACUUCCGUAUCCACUGAUUGUUCUGGCCAGUGGAUAGCUUCAGGUUCUGCUGAUGGAUCUGUUCGUAUAUGGGAAGUGGAGACUGGUAGAUGUCUCAAGGUCUGGCAGUUUAAGGAAGCUGUGAAGUGUGUCGCCUGGAACCCCCUUCCCGAUUUCCCAAUUUUAGCCGUCGCCAUGGGACAAGAUUUGAUUAUCCUGAACACUGAACUUGGCACUGACGAGGAACAGCAAAGGAUUGAAGAGCUGCUUCGCUUACCAAAACUUCCGGAACAAGAUGAAGCGGUUGCGGCUAUUGUAAAGUGGCUUCCAGAUGAGACAUAUGGAGGGAUCAAGAUAACACAUUUUAAGAACGUAUCAUAUGUUGACUGGCAUCCAAGAGGAGACUAUCUCUCAGCAGUCAUGUCAGCAGGCGAAACGCGAGGUGUAGUCAUACACCAGCUCUCAAUGCAUAAAACACAAAGGCUCCCGAUAAAGAUGCGCGGACUUCCUGUCCGUACACUCUUCCAUCCAACCCACCGUGGAAUGUUCAUCAUCGCGACGAAAAAGAACGUGCGUGUUUUCAAUCUUCAGAAGAAAGAGCUGGCCAUCAAAAAGCUCGAGACUGGGUUGAGAGAGAUCUCGUCGAUGGCGAUUCAUCCUGGUGGUGAUAAUCUGAUAGUAGGAAGCAAAGAAGGGAAGAUGUGUUGGUUUGACAUGGACCUGUCUUCGAAACCUUACAAGACUCUCAAGAACCAUCCUAAAGACAUUACGAACGUGGCGUUUCACCGCUCGUAUCCGCUCUUCGCUUCGUGCUCGGAGGAUUCAACGGCUUAUGUGUUCCAUGGAAAGGUGUAUAGUGAUCUGAACGAGAAUCCUCUGAUUGUGCCAUUGGAGAUUCUGAGAGGCCAUUCUACUUCUUCAAAUAGAGGAGUCUUGGACUGCAAGUUUCAUCCGAGGCAACCAUGGCUAUUCACUGCAGGCGCUGACUCAAUUAUAAAACUUUAUUGUCACUAAAUUUCUGCUUAAACCCUAUUUUUGACAAUUUUCAUCUCUUUUUUAUGUUGCUGUUUAUCACAUUGCUCGACCUUUUUUUAUUUUGAGUAUUUUCGUCGAAUUA